CAAGGUAGUCAGCAAGUAUGGUGCGCAAGGCACGUAUGGUGGACAAGGUAGACGCUGUGCUUGCAGUCCCACUCAAGGCGUUCAACGUCCCGCUGGUCAAGUUCAAGGUCCCGCGAGUGGAGCGGCCGUCGACCACGGUGGUCUUUGCCCUGCUCUUCAUCUCGUAUGUGGUUGUCCUCUCGGGCGUCAUCUACGACGCCAUCAUCGGGCCGCCGGCCUUUGGUACCGAGCAGGAUGCUAAUGGUGUUGUCCGGCCGGUCACCUUUCUCAAGUACCGCAUCAAUGGCCAGUACAUUAUCGAGGGCAUGACGUCCGGCAUGGUGUACGGCCUCGGCGCCGCUGGCUUUAUCCUCAUCGAGAUCGCACGCUCGUCCUCGGGCACCCCGCGCCUGGCUAUGCUCGGCGCAGGUAUGGCUGCCAUCGUCCUCGCCUUCUUCCUCUCCAUCCAGUUUAUCCGCAUGAAGAUCCCGGGCUACCUCCGCUGAGGAUGAUAAACGCGAUGCGCUGCG